CCAAUCACUGUAUUCACACAUUUGUUUGUUGUGUUUAUUAUUUAAUAAAUUAGCCGUCAAUUGAAUCGUCGGUUUCAAGUUUGUGACCAAUCAAUCAAUCGGCGGACAACACACACACACACAUACACACCAUGCGAUUGACAUUACUGUUGCGGUCAUUCAGACCCGAAUAUGUCGGUCCGAUACCGAAAUUUCCGGGAAAUGCACAGACCGGUAAGCACCGGUAUGUACCGAAAGUGACGUUAGGCAAGAAGUUAUCGUUGUUCAUACAGAUGAAACACGAGGAACAAGUGAUUAAAUACCUGAGCAAACCGUACGUCACUGAGCAACAAGAAAACGCAUACUUGGCCUCAAUCGGUCGCAAGCGGCCACAGUAUUGGGACGAUUUUCUUAGGCGACCAAUAGAGAGACCACUCAAACAGUACUAUGCGGCCGAUUAUCUCCAGAAGAUUGAUUACUCCAGAAGUUUUGAGAUCGAAGAAUAGAUUUUUUAGAUUUAACCGAUAGACCCAUUGAUUGAUUGAUUGAUUGAUUAGUCAUUUAUUAUAUAUAUAAUUAUUUUAUUUCCUA